AUGAUAGAGAUUCCGGGAAGAUUUAACCAAACAGCGGCGGCUUUUGACGUUGCGGCGGCGCGUGCACGUCCACCGUGCGACAGCAGCAGCGGAAGCGAUCACUCUCCGGAGGACACAGCGGAUCUUUGGGAUCUGGUCGAAUCAUUUAUCGACAGAGAAGUGAGAGUCUUACCAGAAAAGGUUCCUGAAGAAGAUAACGACGAGGAUAAAUCGGACGUUGAUGAAGAGGAUUACGAAGAUGUUAAAGAGAGGUUAAGGGAGAUUUUGGAAAAUCCCGGAGGCAAAGAGCGGCGGAGAAUAAUGGAAGAGGCGGUAAAGGCAAGUGGUUUCGUCGGAGAGAAACGCCACAUGAUGGCUUUCCUACGUAACAAGGGUUUUGACGCAGGUCUAUGCAAAUCCCGGUGGGAGAGAUUUGGUAAGAACACGCCCGGGAGGUAUGAGUACGUUGACGUAAACGGAGAAGAUAAGAACCGUUUUAUCGUCGAGACAAAUCUUGCCGGAGAAUUCGAGAUUGCUCGGCCUACGACAAGAUACCUUUCUCUCUUAGCUCAACUGCCGCGUGUCUUUGUUGGAACACCCGAGGAGCUGAAGCAGCUUGUGAGGAUCAUGUGCUUUGAGAUAAGACGGUCGAUGAGGCGAGCGGGGAUUGACGUGCCACCAUGGAGGAGGAACGGUUAUUUGCAAGCCAAGUGGUUCGGUCACUAUAAACGAACCUCUAAUGAAGUGGUUACUAGCUUUAAGAGCUGUGACUGUGGACCGCGCGUGGGGUUUGAGGAAGUGGUUAAAACGGCGACGUAUAACGGUGGUUUUAAGGAGGUGGAGAGGAAGAUGAAUGAUUUAAAGGUUAGCCAUCUUACGAUGGCUUUCAACGGAGGUGGGCUGGGGUUGUAGUUGUCAUAGAAUAAAGUAUGAGUUGAUAAUUGAUAAUUAUUAUUUUGUAAAUGUAGAUGAGUUUUGGGGUAUAGUGAUUGGUUUGGUUUGCAACAUGGGCUUUUUUAAUUUAGGCCCGUUAUAUUAAUGGCCCAAAGACUUUGUACUUCCGAUUAAAUGUUUAAACUAUGUAAACGUAUAUCUAUGUUUAGUACUUUAGUCAUCCCAACUUAA